GAACAUUUCUCAAGCAGCUACUUAUAGUAUGUGCAAAAUAAUGUUUCCCAGAAUAAGAUAAAAUCCACACCAGCCUUACAUUUCAACUACAAUCAUGGAAAAGUUUGUUUGCGAGAGGAACAGAAGUAAGACGUUAAUUUUUUGGCGACACCACUUUCCUCUUUCCUCUUCUGCGUUCUCUCCCUCUCUGGCUCUUCACACAUCUGGAAGGUAAUCCGGCUGACCGUGUCUCUCCAGUGCUGCUGAGCUUAUGAUGUGUUUGGGGUGUUUUAGGAAGAUUUCAUACGCUGGACUUUGGCUUUAACUCUGUUGGAUAUUUUCAGAAGAAGCGGAGGUCACAACAAGUUUCUGACUGGAUCGGUAAGCACAGAUCUCGUUGUGCCCGAGUGAAAGCAUUGUGGCCCGGAAGCCAUGGGUCAGCGGUGUAGCCUACUGGAGCUGCUGUGUUUGGUUCUGUUGGGCUGGACUCUGGUUCGAGGUCAGGUGGAAACAGACCUUGAUGAGGAGGACCCACCCGGAACAGUGAAAAAUGUGGAGCUACAGAUAUCUUGUCCGGAGAAAUGCAGCUGCAGCGGGGAUGGAGCGGUGGACUGUAAUGGAGUUAGUCUCACUGAAUUCCCACAGGAUUUAUCCGAACAGACCCGUCAGCUGUCCCUGCAGAAUAACCAAAUCACUGAGGUCACGCUGGAGCAUCUGUCGGGUCUUCAGCAGCUGGAGACCCUAAAUCUACAGAACAACCGGCUCACGACACAAGGCCUUGAUGAUGAAGGGUUUCAUAUUCUGGAAAGGCUGAGUUAUUUAUACUUGGCAAAUAAUAAGCUCACAGCAGCCCCCAAACAGCUCCCUCCCUCUUUGGUCAGCGCUGAUUUCGCUGCUAACCAGCUCACUAAAAUCUACCCCAACACCUUCGGCCAGAAGCCUGCCCUGAAGUCAGUGUAUCUCCAUAACAACAAGCUUACAGAUGCCGGCCUGCCAGAGAACAUGUUUAAUGGAUCAGAGAACCUUGAGAUCCUCAUUAUGUCCAGUAAUUUCCUCCGUUAUGUCCCUAAGGGUCUGCCCACCGCCCUCUACCGCCUACAUCUGAAGAACAACAAGUUGGAGAAGAUUCCCUCAGGUGUGUUCAAUAGUUUGUUCCAUCUUCGGGAACUUUACCUGCAAAACAACUUCCUGUGUAAUGACGGCAUGGAUAACGACACCUUCAGUCACUUGAACAGUCUGGAAUAUCUGGAUUUGUCCAAUAACAACCUGAGCAGUGUCCCUCUCGGGCUUCCUCGAAAUCUCAUCCUGCUUCACUUGGAGAAGAACUCCAUCCAGAGCAUCACAGUCAAUGCAUUGACUCCCAUCCGAAAUUUGGAGUACUUGCUCCUCCAUAACAACCACCUCCACUCUGGCUCCAUCCAUCCGGCCGCCUUCCAGGGUCUCAAACGUCUCCACACCGUCCACAUGUACAACAACCUUCUGGAGCGUGUUCCCCGCGGACUUCCUCGCCGCGCGAAGACCCUCAUGCUGCUCCACAACCUCAUCAGCGAGAUCGGACGCAACGAUCUGAACACGCUCUACACCCUGACGGAGCUCAACCUCAGCUACAACCGCCUCACCAGCGCCAAGCUCCACAGAGAGGCCUUCAGGAAGCUCCGCAUCCUGGAGACCCUGGAUCUGUCGGGAAAUAAGCUGCAGACGCUGCCGUUGGGUCUUCCCAAGAGCCUCCAGGUUUUGAAGGUGAAGGACAAUCAGAUGGAUGAAGUACCGGAAGGAGCUUUGAUGGGAAUGAGUUCACUGAGGGAGCUUUACCUGACCAACAAUCAACUGAAGCUGAACUCCAUCUACCAGGGAGCUUGGCAGGAGCUCAGCGCGCUCACGACGCUGGAUCUUUCUGGUAACAUGUUGUCACACAUUCCCUCUGACCUGCCCGAGUCUCUUGAGUUCCUUCACCUGCAGAACAACAGAAUCAGCUCUGUUUCAGCCACAGCCUUCCUCAACACACCCAACAUCAAAAGCAUCUUCCUCAGAUUUAAUCGUCUCUCAGUUCAUUCUGUGUCCGAAGAGUCUUUUUCUCACCUGUCCAGGCUUCAGGUGUUGGACAUUGGCCACGGUAACAUCUCUCCCAACCGAGGCCAAGCAGGAGAGCAGGUAGAGGAGGUAGAGGAGGAGUUAUCGCACGAAGAAGAGGAGGAGAAACAUUCAUGAGUCACAGAUGAAAAAACAGUCCUCCACUCAAAAAUUUAAUGAAAAUGACAACCAGUUUGAAAUUAUAAAUGCAUUGUGGCUGCUGACAAAAUGUGAUUGUUUCCAGAUGCAUUGACUAAUUACAUCGGAUUGCUUUAAAAUGACAUGUUAGACAUGAGAAUGGAAAAUACUAAUUGUGCUACUACUAAUUUCUGUCUUUUUUCAUGUAAAAAAUGGCUUUAUUACUGCAACAGUAAGAAAACAAAAGUCAUAUACUUUAAUAUCUGGUGCCGGAUGCCGGAAAAUUUUAUUGGUUGUCUUUAAUUUUUUUGUUUUUUGUGGUGCUCUUUCACGUUUUGCUCACAGCUCAUUGUGUUUACAUGCAUAAUACUGUUUUGUACUAUGAAAUUAUAAUUUCUUUCUC